AUGUCCGCACCGACAACCCCCAAGCGUCAGCGUCGCCGAGACGUCAACAAGGGCUACAGUCCGCCAUCCCACACUCUCGAUGAUGUGCCCGGCACCCCUGGUCCCAUCAAGGCGCGGAUCAACCAUUUGAGCGGCCAAGUGCAGGAGCUCGUGCGAAAGCAGGGUGUGGCCGAGAGGAAACACCGUGCCGAGAUUAUGCUCGUGGAGAGGAGGCUGGAAGAGAGCCGAGACCAGGUCGCCGUCCUCCAGCAGAAGGUGGGGGAGGAAUCCAAGCUGGCGGCCAGAGCGCGCAAGGAAGUCGAACGGUGCAAGAAUGAGGGCGACGGGAUGCGCAGCGAGCUCAACCUCCACUCGCUCGUCCAGCAACAAAAGGCGUUGCUCGCUCUUUCCGAGGAGAAGCUCCAAAUGGUGGAGUUAGAACAGCGACUGGUUCAGAGUGAGGCCGCUCGUGUGAUGCGGGACCACAAGCUCUCGCUGUUCCAGUCCCGCGAGGGCGACCUGGCCGCCGAGAUCAACGGCAAGGACGCGCGAAUUGCGAGACUCGAACUCGCCACUGCCAACACGUCCUUGGCCCACCAGCGCGCUGCCGAGGGCAAGGCUCAAGCCCUUGUCUCUAGCACGCAGGGCGAGUCGCGCGCUGAGAUUAUCACACUUGAAGCCAAGAUUGCCAAACUGGAAGAGGCCAACAACGCGCUGCAAGAGAAGGAGCGUGUGACCCUCGCCCAGGUCUCCAAGCUCGAAGAGAGUAAACGAAGCCUGAAGGAGAAGGAGCGCGAAGCCCGAGCAGAAGUAGAGCGUCUUAGUGCCGAAGGCAAGGAGAGCUCCUCUUCCGACAAGGAAGUCGCCGAGCUCCGUGCACAACUGCGUACUACGAAGGCCGAAGCUGCCAAGGCUGUGGCCAAGGCGUCAGAUGCCGAGGAGGAGCUCGAGUUGCUCAAGGAGACGAGCAAAGAGAAGGAGAAGGCUCUCAAGGCCAAGUAUCGCGAGGCCCAGGAGGAACGAUUGCGACUGGCCGUUGUGGAGGAGGAGCUGGAGGCGCUCAAGGCUGCAAGCGCCAAGACCACCAAGAAGGAAUCCACCAGGAAGAAGGCAGCUGCAUCGACUGCCGACGAGUCCGACGCACCAAAGAAGAAGCGAGUGACGAGGUCGUCGACUUCGCCAGAGAAGCCCGUCUCCAAGAAGGAGAAGGUCAGGAAGACUAGUCCUGUCGAGAGUGCAUCUGAGGACGAAGCGCCCAAGAAGAAGCCCAAGAAGGUAACAUCCAAAGCGAAGGCUCUGCGCGAAAGCGACUCGGACAACAAGGCCAAGGAGGACGAUGCCGCGUCGGACUCGGACACUCCCGCGGCGCCGCCGAAGGAGGCGGCCGUUCCCGAGAAGAAGAAGAAGCGCAAGUUGUUUGGGGCACAGCCAGCGUUCCAGUGGGACCCAAUCAUGAGCAGCGGCGAUGGUGUUAUUCCUACCUUCCUCUCCCCCGUCAAGCCGAUGGGCAGGACCGUCGGCACGAUCCCCCGAAGCUUGAGCUCCCGCCGCUUCUAA